CUCUUGUCCCAGCUGUCAAAACAGCCCCAUACACACACGCACACACUCACACACACACUCACACACUCCUCUGCAUGGGCAAAUGCAAGACGUUCACUUCUCUAAACUCCACAUCACCCUGCCAGGAUCUUAAAGGACACUUUUAAUUCAGGAGAGUCAAGAGAUCCUAGGACAACAUUUCCACAAGAAAAACCCCUCUGGCUUUGCAUUAAAGCGUACCGUCCCAAGAUGCCCUGGGUCACGGUGCUAAUAGCAACCAUAUCCUGCAUGCUGAUGAGACAUAGCUACUGCCAAUCAAACUCCUCAGAGAACUUCCUGUUCUCUAGUGACCCAGUUGCCAUCCUGCUUCCUGACCUUCAUGCCACCCUUUCACCUCUGACCCCAAGUGAGGGUUGGAGCCCUGAACGUAAACCUGCCACUCUUGCCUCCUCACACUCAUCAUCAUCAUCAUCAUCAGCCCUCACUUCUGGGAACGGAUCAGUGCAAGCACACCCUCUCCCACCACCGCCAGCAUGUUUGCGCAGGACAUCUAUGAGGGUCGUGUUUAAGUAUGUGAACACUGUGCUGUCUUGCGUGAUCUUUGUGGUUGGAGUUGUGGGUAAUGCCACACUGCUAAGGAUCAUAUGCUUCCACAAGAACAUGAGGAAUGGCCCCAAUGCCCUCAUCGCCAGCCUGGCACUGGGAGACCUCAUUUACAUCGCCAUUGACAUCCCGAUCCACAUCUAUAAGUUGCUGGUGAUGAGAUGGCCGUUUAAUGAUACAGGGUUUGGACUCUUCCUGUGUAAGCUCUUUCCCUUCUUGCAAAAGGCUUCAGUAGGGAUAACGGUGCUCAACCUGUGUGCCCUCAGUGUGGACAGGUAUCGUGCAGUGGCCUCAUGGAACCGCGUGCAAGGUGUGGGAAUCCCAGCUUCCACUGCAGUAGAGAUCAUGUGUAUCUGGGCUUUGUCCAUUCUACUGGCUGUUCCUGAAGCUGUGGGCUUUAGCAUGGUCAGCUUUGACCACAAUAAUGUGACUGUACAGACCUGCAUGCUCAAGCCAGAAUCACAGUUUAUGACUUUUUACAGAGAUGCAAAGGACUGGUGGUUGUUUGGGUUUUACUUCUGCGUGCCAUUAGCAUGUACAGCUAUCUUCUACACUCUGAUGACCUGCGAGAUGCUGAAUUACAAGAAAGGAAGUCUGAGAAUUGCACUCAGUGAACACAUCAAACAGCGACGUGAGGUAGCGAAGGCCGUAUUCUCUCUGGUGCUAAUUUUCGCUCUGUGCUGGUUUCCUCUUCACCUGAGUCGCAUUCUGAAGAAAAUGGCUUACUUGCAACACGACGUUCAGCGCUGUGAUCUGCUCAACUUCCUUCUGGUGCUUGAUUACUUCAGCAUAAACCUGGCAACUAUAAAUUCCUGCAUCAACCCUAUCAUACUCUACCUCGUCAGCAAGAAGUUCAAAAAGUGCUUUAAGUCAUGCCUGUGCUGUUGGUGUUAUUCGGGUUCUCUGUUGGGCAGCAUGGGAACCAGCAUCCAAUACAAGAACCCUGACCUACAGAACGUCCUGACAGACCGCACAGCACUGCGCAAGGACAGUUACAACUGAGGACAAACACUUAAAGAUGGACAUCACAAUGGUGACGAUAAAGAAUAGCAUCCUGAGACGGCUAAAAGCACGCUGAGACAAUGAACACUGGCUGCAGAAAAAGUAGCUCAAAAUGUCUCAAAAUGCUGGAAAAAGUCUUUGAGCACAUCAUUUUAAAUUCUCAAAUACGAACCGCACGUUUUGCCAUGUUGAUAGUAUCAUUGUAGAAAAUAGCUAUAUUUUAUUCUAUUGUAUUAUUAUUGUUUUUAUAUUAUAUUUAUUCAUGUUUAAACAUUACCAGUAAGCCAACAUCACCAUAUAUCUUUGUAAUCAGUUAAUUGUUGCUUCAUUUAGCCUGCAUUCACAUUGUAAGCUUGAACAAUGUGUUGUUUUUCUCCCAAAUCAUUUAAAGUCAUGCUACUUCACAUAAUUAGACACAUAUCUAAUACACCACCAUGUGACUGGAUAGAUUGGAUUCUAUGCAUUCCUUUUUUCCACAUAAUUGCAUAUCAUCAGCUCCUAGCUUACUUCACAAAAAGGGAAAGCUUUUCACUUUUGCAUUUUUAUGUAUCUUCCUGGUAUGAUUAGAAACUCCACAACAAAAACUUUUAUGCUGAAGGCAUGUGCUGCUGAAUAAAAAGAUCCUUGACAUGGUGAGGUUUUCUGUAAGAAUAUGUUUAUUUAAAAUUUGAAGUAGUCUUGGCAAAAUGCUGAAAUGGCAAAAUUACUUCAAGAGAAAUAAAAUGUUGGUGAGGAAGUGAAAAUCUUGAGAUCUGAUUUGUCCCACAGACGAGUUAAAGCCAAAAAUAUACAGUACAUGUCAAAUUGCUGUAAGAGGAUUCGAAUAAACCAUUUGUGAAAAUCCUCAACUACACCACGGUAUCACUAAUUAUUUUACUCCUUAUUCAAAUUUAGAGUCUGUGCUAAAUUUCUCCCCAGUGAAAAGGAAUAGAAAUAAAUCGGAAGGAUAACAUGCGCAUUAAAGAAUUAACAUCAGCACAGCUCCACUUUCAUGUAGUUAACUAAUCAGUGCUGCGGGUUUCAACAUAUGUUGUUACACAUGUUAGCAAUUACACACAUUUCCCCCGCUUUUUUCUACCAACCCCCCUCAUCAUGUCUCCUGAGUCUCGCUCAAAGUUUGUAUUCUCCCUCCUUCCCUCCCUCCAUCCCUCCGUCUAUCUAUCUUCCACUCCCUCUGUCAACUUGUAGCUGUCACUUGAGUUCCAAUGAACGUGCAGCAUAAACUGUCUAUAUUCACUGGUACAGAAAUGUUCACAAAAGUCAUUGUCAGUUUAUGAAGAUUUAAAGUGGAGUUUGAUUUACAU